CCGGGUUGAAAGAGGCGGGUUUAACGGUGUGUGUUGACAGGAUUUCCCUCCUGCGCAGGGAGAAUAAUCUACAUUACUAAAAAAGAGAGAGAGAGAGAGAGAGAUUAUACUGUAGUCUACAGUAGCCAAAUUACACCACCGGGAAGUCUCACCACCAAGGCCAUGGAGUCGAGUUGUAUCGCCGUGGUCUGUGUGCUCCUGCUCGGCUGGAUGCAGAGCAGCCUCGGAGCGGAACAGCGGGUCAUCUCUCCAGAUAAUCUCUUGGUAAUAACAGUAGCUACGGAGGACACUGAUGGCUUCACCCGCUUUAUGAGAACCAGCAAGGAGUUUAACUAUACUGUUAAGGUGCUGGGUCUAGGUGAGCAGUGGAAGGGAGGAGAUGUGGCCCGGACUGUAGGAGGAGGCCAGAAGGUUCGCUGGCUGAAGACUGAACUCCUCAAACACUCUGACAAGAAGGACCUGGUCAUUCUGUUUGUGGACAGUUAUGAUGUGAUCCUCGCCAGCGGUCCUGAAGAGCUGUUGUGGAAGUUUUCCAGACUGGGUCAUCGGAUGGUGUUUUCAGCUGAGGGUUUCUGUUGGCCCGACCAGAAACUGGCCCCCAAAUACCCUGCAGUCCACACCGGGAAGAGAUACCUGAACUCUGGAGGGUUUAUAGGCUAUGCUCCAGAGCUCAGUGAGAUCGUUCAGCAGUGGAAACAUAAAGACAACGAUGAUGACCAACUCUUCUACACUAAGAUCUACCUGGACAAAGUUCAACGGACCAAGUACAACAUGACUCUGGACCAUCGCUCUAGAAUCUUCCAGAACCUCAACGGAGCCAUUGAGGAGGUGGUGCUGAAGUUUGAGAAGGCUCGUGUCCGUGCGAGGAACGUGGCCUAUGACACACUUCCUGUUAUUAUCCAUGGCAACGGACCCACCAAGCUCCAGUUGAACUACCUGGGCAACUAUGUCCCGACUGCUUGGACUCACGAGACCGGCUGUGGGAUCUGUGACGACGACCUGGUUUACCUCAACGACACACCUGAUGAAGACAUGCCCCUGGUCUACCUCUCUGUGUUCAUCGUUCAGCCGACUCCCUUCCUGGAAGAGUUUCUAGAGAGACUGACCAGCCUCAACUACCCAACCAGCCGCAUCAGGCUGUUCAUACACAACAACGUGGUGUAUCAUGAGCAGCACAUUCAGCGGUUCUGGGAGAAGCAUCGUGUUCUGUUCCCUGAGGCCAGGCUGGUCGGACCGGAGGAGAACCUCCAACAGGACCAGGCUCGAACCAUGGCUGUGGAGGCGUGUCAGAAGGACCAUCAGUGUGAAUACUACUUCAGUAUCGAUGCUGAUGUCGUUAUCGUCAACCCUGAUGUUCUCCGGGUCCUGAUAGAAGAGAACAAGUCAGUGAUAGCCCCCAUGUUGUCCAGACAUGGCAAACUGUGGUCGAACUUCUGGGGAGCUCUGAGUCCUGAGGGAUUCUACUCUCGAUCUGAAGACUACAUCGAUAUCGUACAGGGCAAGAGAAUCGGUCUGUGGAACGUUCCCUAUAUAACCCAGGUCUACAUGAUAAAGGGGUCAGUCUUGAGAGGUAGACUGUCUCAGGUCAGUCUGUACAGUCAGGAGGGGAUGGACCCUGAUAUGGUGUUCUGCCGGGCCGUACGAGACCAGGGAGUGUUUAUGUUUGUGUCUAAUCGAGACGAGUUCGGCCGUCUGGUCUCCUCCUCCAACUACAACACCAGCAGACUGCAUCCCGACAUGUGGCAGAUCUUUGACAACCCUCUGGACUGGAAGGACAAGUAUAUCCAUGAAAACUACUCUCAGAUCUUUGAAGACAACCAGACCGUCGUGGAGCAGCCGUGUCCUGAUGUCUACUGGUUCCCUUCCUUUACAGACAGGAUGUGUGAUGAUCUGGUGGAAACCAUGGAAGACUUUGGAGAAUGGAGCGGAGGAAGACAUACGGACGAGCGUCUUGCAGGGGGCUAUGAGAACGUCCCUACUGUGGACAUUCACAUGAACCAGAUUGGCUUUGAGAAGGAGUGGCUCAAGUUUCUGAAAGAAUACAUCAGCCCUGUUACUGAGAAACUCUACCCAGGGUACUACCCCAAGGCCCAGGCGGUGAUGAACUUUGUGGUCCGGUAUCGUCCAGACGAACAGCCAUCUCUCCGUCCGCAUCAUGACUCCUCCACCUUCACCAUCAACGUAGCGCUCAACAACAAGGGAUUGGAUUACCAGGGUGGAGGGUGCCGGUUCCUUCGGUAUGACUGUAAUGUUGAAGCGCCUCGUAAAGGAUGGUCUUUCAUGCACCCAGGCCGACUGACUCACUACCACGAGGGUCUGCCAACAACCAGCGGGACGAGAUACAUCAUGGUUUCCUUUGUUGACCCCUAAACCCUGACCUUUAACCCCUGGACACACCACCCAGGGGACUAGAUACAUUAUGGCAUCCUUCAUAGACCCAUAGACACUGGUGGCGCGUGUGUGUGUGUGUGUGUGUGUGUGUGUGUGUGUGUGUGUGUGUGUGUGUGUGCGUGUGUGUGUGUGUGUGUGUGUGUGUGUGUGUGUGUGUGUGUGUGUGUGUGUGUGUGUGUGUGUGUGUGUGUGUGUGUGUGUGUGUGUGUGUGCGUGCGUGUGUGUGUCAGUCAGUCAGUCACAGCAGAUGGGGUCCUCUCGUUGCCGUAGUAACACGAACCACUGAGUUUCCUAGCAACUAGUUGAGCGACUUGAAUCAGAUCAGGCCAGUCGGCUGCGGAGAGGUCAGAGUCGGAUGAAACCUCACCAUGCUAACCUUUGACCUUUUGACAUGUUAGUCUUUCAGCAGACGUUCUCAUCCAGAGAGACCUGGUCAGUACAUUCAUCUCCACAUAGCUCAGUCAAAAAUAACUCUCAAAAUGCUUCCUCAUUUUUCUUCGACCCCUGACCUUUGUAGCUAGCUGUGUGUGUGUUUGGUGUGUGUGUGUGUGUGUGUGUGUGUGUGUUUUUUAUUUAACAGUGUUCGACGUAACGGCAGGCUGAUGUGGGUGUCAUGUUACAGUGUUGCUAUAGUAACCAGCCUCUCCCUGUGAUUGGAGAAAAGAUGAUUGACCCCUCCCCUAAGAGAGGAAACCGAACGUUCUGAUAGAAAUACCAUGAAUAGAUCAUCUGAGCUGUUCUACAUGAUAGAAACUCCAAUCAAUAGAGCUGAAAAACACUCCUCAAGAAAUAUCAUGAGUAGAUCGGCACUGUCCGUUCUACAUGAUCUGUUUCUAUGCGCUGUCCGUUCUACAUGAUCUGUUUCUAUGUGCUGUCUGUUCUACAUGAUCUGUUUCUAUGCGCUGUCCGUUCUACAUGAUCUGUUUCUAUGUGCUGUCCGUUCUACAUGAUCUGUGUCUAUGCGGUUGUCUUGAAGGUAAUGUUGUAUAGUUUUAUAUUUCAGAAAUCAGAGGUCUGUCAGAAACAUAGAUUUUAUCAUCAUUGUUUUAAACUACUGCUUCAGACUUUUUCGUUUUUAUUGGUCUAUUUUUGUUAUUGUAUUCUAGCGUUCUGGUCCCAUGUUAGUGUACCUGUCCCUCUGGACGUGCUUCUAUCAAGCUUUGUACAAAGUGCCCUAAAUUAUUUGUUAUGAUUGAGAAAUAAAGUUUCACAUUUUAAUAAAUAAUUAGAUCUAUA